GUUUAGCUUCAGAACCACACGAACCACAGAAGCAAGAUGUUAAAAUUAAUAUUAAUUUCGUCGUUAAUAGUCCAUACGUUAGGGACGCCGAGGUUGCCGGACUUCGAUGCCUUCCCGCCGCCCGGAGUCGUCAUCAGUGAGAGUCCCAGCGGCCACGCCAGGCUCGUCAACCACAUCAGAUUCCGCAACCUCACUUCAGGCUUCGUCCCCGUCGAUGCCAUCAAGGACAAUCCCUAUGGCUUCUCCAAAGAGGUGUUCAAGUAUUCUGCCAUCCCUUCGGGCUUCGAGAGAUCCGAUGCCAUCCCAUCCAAUCCCUAUGGUUACUCCACCAGGAUCCAGAGAGACAACCACGGACUUCACACACCUAAGAUUGCCUUUGAGAGAGUCGAGGCAAUCCCCACCAAUCCAUAUGGAUAUUCCAAAGAAACCGUUGAACUGAGUAAUAUCCCCGAUGCCUUUGAGGCCAUAGCUUCCAUACCUACCAACCCCUAUGGAUAUUCUGACAAGAAAGAGAAAGAAACACACCAGUUCGGUAGCCUUGAGAGUGCCUUUGUUAAGGUCAGGGCCAUCCCUUCAAACCCUUAUGGUUACUCUGAAGACAUAAAAGGGUUGAAGAAUUCUCCAGGAGCCUUUGAAACUUUCGGCUCGAUUCCCAAAAACCCUUAUGGAUAUUCAGAGGAGGUUCAGAGAGAAAUUUAUAGAAGCAAAGGACCAAACAGUGGUUUUGAGAGGGUAGAACUUAUUCCCGACAAUCCCUAUGGAUAUUCAGCAGAGAUACAAAAAGGAAAGGCUGCACCAGGAGCAUUUACCUCUUUCGAUUCGAUCGCUAAGAAUCCCUAUGGAUACUCAGAGGAAGUUCAGGGAGAAAUUUACAGAAGCAAGGGACCAAACAGUGGCUUUGAGAAGGUAGAACUUAUUCCCGACAAUCCCUAUGGAUAUUCAGCAAAGAUACAGAAAGAAAAGGCCGAACCAGGAGCAUUUGCCACCGUCGAUUCGAUCCCUAGGAAUCCCUAUGGAUACUCAGAGGUGACACAGAGAGAAAUUUACAGAAGCAAGGGACCAAACAGUGGUUUUGAGAGGGUAGAACUUAUUCCCGACAAUCCCUAUGGAUAUUCAGCAGAGAUACAAAAAGGAAAGGCUGCACCAGGAGCAUUUGGCACUUUCGAUUCGAUCGCUAAGAAUCCCUAUGGAUACUCAGAGGAGGUUCAGGGAGAAAUCUACAGAAGCAAGGGACCAAACAGUGGUUUCGAGAAGGUAGAUCUUAUUUCUGAUAAUCCUUAUGGCUAUUCAGCAAAGAUACAGAAUGUGAAAGCCGUACCAGGAGCAUUUGCCACUUUCGAUUCGAUCGCUAAGAAUCCCUAUGGAUACUCAGAGGAAGUUCAGGGAGAAAUUUACAGAAGCAAGGGACCAAACAGUGGCUUUGAGAAGGUAGAACUUAUUUCCGACAAUCCCUAUGGAUAUUCAGCAGAGAUACAGAAAGAAAAGGCUGCACCAGGAGCAUUUGCCACCUUCGAUUCGAUCCCUAGGAAUCCCUAUGGAUACUCAGAGGAGGUUCAGGGAGAAAUCUACAGAAGCAAAGGACCAAACAGUGGUUUUGAAAAGGUAGACCUUAUUCCCAACAAUCCAUAUGGCUAUUCUACAGAGACAACGAAGGUGACAGCUGGUCCAAAAGCAUUUGAAUCUGUUGCAGUCAUUGCCCAGAAUCCUUAUGGGUAUUCAGAAAAAGUGCAGGGUGAUCUGCAUACACAGGGAGUGCUCAGGAGUGGAUUUGAGACUGUCGAAAGUAUCCCAACAAACCCUUACGGUUACUCCACAGAGGUUAAAGAGCUGAAAAAAUCUACAAGUGGCUUUGAGACUUCCAGUUUUAUUUCAAAGAACCCUUAUGGAUACCCGGAACAGAUUCAGGCUGACAAUCAAAGGGCCAGAUCUGUAGGAAAAGGAUUUGUGAAAGUAGAUGCAAUCCCCAACAAUCCAUAUGGAUAUUCUACAGAAACCAGGAAGCUGAAGGGACUUGAAGGAGGCUUCGUAAAAGUGGACUCCAUUCCCAUGAACCCAUAUGGCUAUCCAGAGAAAAGACAGACAGACAACUUCGAGCUGAGGAGUACUGGAAGUGGUUUUGAAAAGGUUGAGUCUAUCCCCAAUAAUCCAUAUGGAUAUUCAGCCGAAGUUAAGAAGCUACAAGAUCACCCUAGUGGUUUUAUAGCUGUAAAAUCAAUCCCAUCAAAUCCAUAUGGUUAUUCUGAGAAGAUUGAAAGUUCCGCAAAGCAUGGCAAAAGUCUUUCUACUGGAUUUAUAGAAGUUAAAUCAAUCCCCAGCAAUCCAUAUGGAUUCUCCAUAGAAAUCAAAGAGCUGAAGAAUGCACCAUCAGGUUUUGAAACUGUAGAUGCUAUCCCUGCAAAUCCAUAUGGCUAUUCUAAUGAUAUAGAUUCUGGUGUUCACACUCCUAAAGCUCCAACAUCAGGAUUCGUUUCUGUUCAGUCCAUCCCCACUAAUCCAUAUGGUUAUUCUGAGAAAAUGACUGAGCUUAAAUCUGCCUCAAGUGGAUUUGAAAAAGUCGACUCUAUUCCAUCCAAUCCUUAUGGAUAUUCAAACAGAAUUCAAUCAGAACAACACAGAAAUCCUACUUUAACUACCUCAUUUGAAGAAGUAUCAAGCAUUCCCUCUAAUCCAUAUGGAUAUUCCGAAAAAAUAAAAAAUACUGAGAAAUUCCCAAGUGGUUUCAAGAAAUUUGAGGAGAUUUCCACCAAUCCAUACGGCUACAGUACCCAGUUGCAACAAGAGUCUCUCUCAACUAAAAUGAGGGUAUCAGGAUUUGCACCGGUCGAUGCUAUACCAACAAAUCCAUAUGGUUACUCUGAAGAUAUCCUGAAGCAUGGUGAUACACCAGGUGCCUUCGAAAAGUAUGAAUCUAUCCCAGUUAAUCCAUAUGGAUUCUCUGAAAAAAUAGAUUCUACUCAACAUUCAGCUAGGCAUCUCGUGAGUGGCUUCGACAAUGUCGCCAGCAUCCCAUCCAACCCUUAUGGUUAUUCCGAAAAAGUGGACAAGGUAGACCAGGCACCAAGUUCCUUUGACGCCGGGGAUUACAUUGCCUUCAAUCCCCACAGGUUCUCAGAGAAAAUAGGAAGGGGGUCAGCAUUCCCAGCAGAUCGCCCAUCUGCAUUCGAAACAGUUAGACUCAUCCCUGAUAAUCCCUAUGGAUAUUCCAAAAAUAUACAAAGUUAUGAUAUUAAUGCAUCAGGCUUUGGUAACGUCGAAGCCAUCCCACAUAACCCAUUUGGAUAUUCGAAGGUGACCCAAAAUGAUAUACACAAUGGGAAAACCUUGCCAUCCGGAUUUGAGAAAGUUUUAAGUAUCCCAAACAAUCCUUUUGGAUAUUCAAAUCAAAUUAGCAAAUUGUCAGCUCCUGCUUCUGCUUUUGAAGAAGUGUCCUCUAUUCCAAUCAAUCCUUAUGGGUACUCAGAGGAGAUCGUGAUGGAUUAUCCAUUUUCUAUUAUUCUCCCAUCAGGAUUUAAAGCUGUUGCGUCUAUCCCCAAAAAUCCUUAUGGGUACUCAGAGGAUAUAGUUAAGAUUUCCGAAAGUCCAUCUGCUUUCGAAGAAGUCGAAGAAAUUCCAGACAACCCAUAUGGAUACUCAGUCAAGGUACAGGGAGAAGCACACAGGCAGAAUAGCAGGCCAUCAGGGUUCGAGUCCGUUGCAGCUAUUCCUACUAAUCCUUAUGGUUAUGCUGAAAAGAUCCUGAAGUAUGAACUUCCUUCUGGAGCCUUUACUAAAUCUGAUUCAAUUCCCAAUAACCCCUAUGGAUACUCAGAACUGAUUGAACAACAGCCCCAUAAGCAGAAUGGCGUUGUGUCUGGAUUUGAAAACAUCUCAUUGAUACCAUCAAAUCCGUAUGGAUAUUCUUCUGUCGUUGAAAAGGUGAAGGAAUCUCCCUCUGGAUUUGAAGAAGUAGAAUCUAUCCCUACAAAUCCCUAUGGAUACUCGACCGAAAUCGACAGUUCUCCUGAGUCACUCAAAAGCCCUCCCUCAGGCUUCGAAAAUGUGGAAUCCAUUCCUUCAAAUCCCUAUGGAUACUCAGAAAAUGUAGCAAAGCUUGAUAUGGAAAAAUCGGGUUUCGAGAAUGUUGCCAGCAUUCCAAAGAACCCCUAUGGUUACUCAGAGCUCGUACAGAAGGAAUAUGACCAACCUAUAAAUCGCCCCAGUGGUUUUCUGAGGGUACGCAAGAUCCCCAGGAACCCCUAUGGCUACUCUAAGGAGAUCAAAGUAUUAGAGGCGCCGGAGGGUGGCUUUGUUGCUGUAAAACUCAUACCCAACAAUCCUUACGGGUAUUCCACUGAAGCCAGCAAGGUGGAAAUCGGUACACAAGCAAUCACGGAGGCCUUCGAGGGCGUCGACAGCAUCCCAAGCAACCCCUACGGCUUUUCAUCACAAGCGAAUAACUAUGAGGUUGAGAGCACAGCCUUCGAGCGUGUCGACCUUAUCCCUGAUAACCCUUACGGUUUUUCCAACGGCGACUCCACACCCUCCAUCAGCUCCGCCUUUGAGCGUGUGGAUGUCAUCGGGAAAAACCCCUACGGGUACUCGGAGAAGGUGCAGGCUGUCCAGCUGUAGAGCCAGUCUACCAACCCUGAACAUAUCCGAAGGCCCUGCAUUGUCUGACCAAAUACAAAAAACACAAAUUCGCUGAGAACGCUUGUAAAACAUUCGCAAACGGUUUACGUACAAUGACUCAUUCACGAAUUAAUACAUUCAUUCACAUGUUCACAAGUCUCGGUAUAAUUCCAUAACUGCCUAUUCAGGACGAGACAAUAAAGCAGGCCUAAUCCCUAAAAAAAAAAAAAAAAAAAAAAAAGAUCAUUUCUGAACUAUCAAUUCUGUCAGGAACCUUUAAUCUUUACUUUUUUUUUCUUUUAUACACGAUUUGCUUCAAUUCUUCCGAAAUAAAAAAUGAUCUGAAA